ACCACUGGGCCGCUUACAUCAAGAGUAUUAUUUUUCCGUCUUGCCCGGGCCAAGCCCAGCCGGGGCUGGUGGCUCAGCGGGGCUCGCAGCCGGCGCUCGGCCGCCGCCGCCCAGCUGCGCCGGGGCGCGCUCCGGAGAUGCUGCCGUGGAAGAAGCACAAGUUCGAGCUGCUGGCCGAGGCGCCGCCGCGGCAGGCGUCCAAGCCCAAAGGCUACGCUGUGAGCCUGCACUACUCGGCGCUCAGCUCGCUGGCACGGGCUUGCCCCGAAGGCGCGCUCAGCCGAGUGGGCAGCAUGUUCCGCUCCAAGCGCAAGAAGCUGCACAUCACCAGCGAGGACCCUACUUACACCGUGCUCUACCUGGGCAAUGCCACGACCAUCCAGGCGCGCGGCGAUGGCUGCACUGACCUAGCCGUGGGCAAAAUCUGGAGCAAAAGCGAGGCGGGUCGUCAAGGCACCAAGAUGAAGCUGACAGUGAGUGCACAAGGCAUCCGCAUGGUGCACGCCGAGGAGCGCGCUCUGCGCCGCCCGGGUCACCUCUACCUGCUCCACCGCGUCACCUACUGCGUGGCAGACGCCCGACUGCCCAAGGUCUUCGCCUGGGUGUACCGGCACGAGCUUAAACACAAGGCGGUAAUGCUGCGCUGCCACGCCGUGCUGGUGUCCAAGCCAGAGAAGGCACAGGCCAUGGCCCUGCUGCUCUACCAGACAUCAGCCAACGCUCUGGCGGAAUUUAAACGCCUCAAAAGGCGGGACGACGCGCGUCACCAGCAGCAGGAGCUGGUGGGCGCGCACACCAUCCCGCUAGUGCCACUGCGCAAGCUGCUCCUGCACGGACCUUGCUGCUACAAGCCGCCGGUGGAGCGCAGCCGAAGCGCGCCCAAGCUUGGCUCCAUCACCGAGGACCUGCUCGGCGAACAGCAGGAGCAGGAGCUGCUGGAGGAAGAGGAAGAGGAGCACCCUGAAGGCUGCCUGGAAGAGGACGAGGAGGACCGUGGGGGCGAGGGGGAUCCAGAGGAGGAGGAGGCCGAAGCGCAGAGAGCGCUGGUGGUCGCCAUGCACUUCGAAUGUGGGGAUUUGUUGGACACGCUGGAGAAUGGCCGCGAGGAGGCGCUGGGGGGCGGCGGGGUCUCCCUGGGCCCAGGGACCGGGACACCGCCUCCGCUGCCGGGCAGCGCCUCUGACAUGAAGGCCCAGUUGUCGCAGCUUAUUAGCGACCUGGGCGAGCUCAGCUUCGGCAACGAUGUGCGCACCCUGCAGGCCGACUUGCGGGUGACGCGCCUGCUGUCGGGUGAGAGUACGGGCAGCGAGAGCUCCAUCGAGGGCGGGGUCCCCGACGCCGCUGCACCCGCCGGGGACUCGUCCAGCCCGACUGACAGCGCCAGCCCCGACGAGCCCCACUCUGGCUGAACUCCCAGUAGAGUCCUCCAUACAUCCCCGGAACCCCACAGUAGCUCCCCAACCACGGUCUCAGCAACCUCAGUGUUCCCCGCCUGCCCCCAGGAAAGGGGAAAUAGGGCACGUGAGGCCCAGAUCUCAGCUUGGAGCCCAGGCCUUGAGUUCCCCGUGGCCACUUUCCUCCCACCCUGCGCGCCAACACUUUUGGCUCUCUUUCAGGCGGCUUGGGUUGCCAGUGGGUAGAGGCGAAAAAAGGAGUAAAUCCCACAAAGGAGAGAGAGGCAGCCCUCUAUGGUGGGGGUGAGGGAAGGCCCAGCUGAAGUUGGAAAAGUCCAUGGGCAUGAGGUGCAGUUUCCUGUUUGUGAGGCCAGCUGGGGCCUGAGCAGGGGGGGUCAGCUUCCUCCUCCUACCCCUCCCACCCUCCCCUCACUGGGAGGCCUCGCUCUAUCAUUGACUAGCCAUUAACAAAAUCUCCCUCACAAGGUUUCAGGCUUUAAUGGCACCCCCUUCCCCAGUUCUUUUUGGUGCAAGAGAGCUUGGGCUGUUUACCUCAGACUCAGACUCUUGAAAUUCUGCCAAAUUCCUCAAAUAACUGUUUUAUUUUUGGUGGGGGAGUGAAUAUGAAAGAAAAUUGCGUUUUGUUUACAGUUAAAGACAUCUAAUAUCUAAAAAGGAGCUGUCCUUUAGAGACACACACCUUCCUCCUGUCCCAAAGAGCUCCCUUCCAUGAUGCUGUGUAAAAUAUUUUUUGCACUGUUGUGAAGUAUUUUUGACGUCUUUUUUUUGUACAUAACUGUGUUCU